AUGGGGUGUGAGAGGCAGUGGUACUACUUUUUGGCGUCAAGCCUGGUGCCAUAUUUUAGUUUCUUAAUUUUGCUCGGAUUCUUGAGGCUGUAUCAUGUGAGGCGUCGUCAACAAUUCGCUGGCUUCACGUUCAGUCUGCGGUCUGCAUUUAUUGCACGACGUGUCGUUUCGUUGAAGUGUCCGACAGGCAAGAUAUUGGCUGCAGUUGAAGUUUUCUUCAAUACGGGCUCGUUUAUCGUCUACGUCAGAGAAACAAUACGGACUGCUGAUGAGCCAUUUCUGGUAGAAAGAUGUGGUGGACUAUACAGUGAUGGCUGGUUUAUUGCUGAUGUCAUCUUUAAUCUCUAUUUUUUGGUCUACUUUGUACUUCGGUUUUUGUCUGCUACAGACAAAUUGGUCUUUUGGAUUAAAGUUUCAUCAAUCAUUGAUUUUGCUACUGUGCCACCGAUUAUUCUCUCGCUAGCAUUGAAUCAGUUGUGGAUUGGAUUGAGUUUUUUUCGAAUGUUCAGACUUCUGGAGCUUCCAAAGUUGCUGGAGGCUUGGAAAGUUGUAAAAUCAAAAAAGGUUUUGCAGACAAUUGAGCCAGUGAUGAGCUUGGUGACUCUGUGGAUUGUUGGUGCCAGUUUUGUUCACUUGCUGGAAAACACUGGUGAUCCUUGGGAAUUUGACAAGAACAGCUAUGUUAAUCAACAGUGGUCUUACUUUGAGGCUCUCUACAUGAUAGCUGUAACCAUGUCAACUGUUGGCUAUGGAGAUUAUUUUGCUAUUACAUAUUUGGGAAGAAUUUUUAUGAUCUUUUUUAUAGUUGGAGGUUUGGCUUUGUUUGCCAGCUAUGUUCCCGCCAUAGUUGAUUACAUUGGUCAGAGGAACAAAUAUGCUGGAGCUUACAAGAGAGUAACAGAAAAUCACGUUGUUGUGUGUGGUCAUGUGACUACUGCAAGCAUGGAAACGUUUUUACAAGAUUUCUUCCAUGAGGAUAGAAAUGAAAAUGGCAACACAACUGUGGUGUUUUUGGACAAUGAUCAUCCCGAUGUCAAGAUGAAGUCUAUCUUGCGGUAUUAUAGUCUUGGAGCAGAGUACUACGAAGGAUCAGUUCUAAACUCUGUUGAUCUAGAGAGAGUUCAGUUGUCUUUAGCAAGUGCAUGCAUCAUAUUGGCUGACAAGAACAGUCUUGAUCCGAACCAGGAGGACUCAGAGAACUUAAUGAGAGCUGUUGCUGUGAAGAAUCAUCAUCCCAAGAUAAGGGUAAUCAUGCAGAUGCUACUGCAAAAGAACAAGAAACUAGUGGAUAGUAUUCCCAGUUUCCAACCAAAUAUGAAAGAUGAUGUUAUUUGUGUCAAUGAGAUUACGCUGAGUUUGAUAGCACAGAGUUGCUUGUGUCCUGGCUUUUCUACACUUCUAGCCAACAUGAUUGGCAUCAGAUCUGCACCAGAUGAGCUUCCAUUGAUGCAUUCAGCAGGGCUUGCUGACGAUUGGAAAGACAGCUAUUUUCAAGGUUGUGGGUAUGAUUUUUAUCCAGCUCAGUUAUCUGCAGAAUUUACUGGAAUGACGUUUCAAAGUGUUGCUGAAAUAUGUUACACAAAAUGGAGCCUGCUGUUGUUGGGUGUUGAGAAUCCAUCUGAUUUGAGUGGGCAGUCACGGGUGUACAUCAAUCCUUCGGAUGAGAAUUUUGUGUUAAAGGCCAAAACUAAAGGAUUUUUCUUAGCUCAUGAUGAGGAUGACACAGAAAGUGCAACGUAUUUCACAAAUGAAGAAUCUUUCGUGAAAGGUUUGAUCACUUCAUCUCAGAGGCGACGUUCUUAUUCUCCUAUGAAAUUGAGAAAUACUGAUUCUAAAAAGCAACGACAAUAUAACGUUGAAGAUGGUGUCUGUAUCCAGAAUCCAAUGUUUGCUACAGGAAACAUGCAAGAUAUGGAUGCUGAGACGAGGGACAUAGGAAAGGAGGAAAUGGAUGCUGUUGCUGUAGAUGCCAAUGAAGUUGAUAUGGGCGACUUGCAGCUUGAUUCAACGAAAUCUUACUAUUAUCACGAUUUUGUUGAUUUUGAAGAUGCUCUACUGAAACCAACGGAAACUGUUCGUUCCGGACACAUUGUCGUUUGUAUUUUUGGAAAUGAAAGUUCUUGUUUGAUUGGCUUGAAAAAUUUGCUGAUUCCAUUGCGUGCAGCUAAUCUGCAUGGGUCAGAAAUGAAGCAAAUUGUCUUUCUGGGGAGCGAGGAGUAUCUUAGGAGAGAGUGGCCAAACAUUGGACAUUUUCAUUCCUUGAAGAUUGUUUGUGGUUCUGCACUGGAGAAGGAAGAUCUUUGUCGAGUUUCAGUGAAUUCGUGCUCGAUGUGUGUCUUCUUAACUGCUGCUGGCCGUAAUGAAGGCACCUCUAGUGAUGUGUUCCUUAAUGACAAGGAAAGUGUAUUGGGAACUCUAACCCUAAAAACAAUGACAUUUGAUUGUAGAGAAGAUGGGCAAGGAGUUACGAGAGGAAUUGAUGUUCCAGUCCUUACUGAUCUAGGAAAUGACUCAAAUGUACAGUUUCUGGAUCAGACUGACGAAGAUUCUCCAAAUGCAUCACUUUUUGAGACACAAGCAUUCGCAUUUGGCAAUGCUAUCAGUGCUUCUAUUGUUGAUUCUACAGUUAGCUCUGUCUAUGCCGAUUCUAACAUAAUGACUUUGCUGGGUAUGCUGCUGAACUUGGGUACAGACAAGAACAACUCUGGUCAACAACAGUAUUGCAGAGUUGUACAGAAGUCCUUCUUUGAGGCACCUUUUAGCCAAUUCAAAACUGGAAACUCAUUUGGACAAAUGUUUGUUUCUUUGCUGCGAGCACAUGGACUUAUGUGUCUAGGGCUGUACCGAAGGUAUGUGCCUAAACCAGAGAGUCCAGAGCGGCGUUAUGUUAUCACAUUGCCUGCUUUUGAAUAUCCUCUGAGGAAUGAUGAUCUUGUGUUUGUUCUCUUGCCACCUUCUGCUGAGCCAGAAAUGUCAACAAUCUGAUUUGUGGACAGACAGGUUUAUAAUCAUACGCAGUGCAUUUUUAUUAUACUUCGUGCAGCAAUGCUUUUCAUUUUGCAAUUUUACUUGAACUAGUUAGCUCACUCAACAUACAGAUGUUGAAUGAAAUCAUCUACAAUUUGUAUUUGAUAAGAGUUUGAAUUACAUGAUGAUAUUUGAU